AUGAAGUUCAUCUCUGCUAUACAGACUGCCUGCAAUAAGAUUGACCCACCUGUUGAUUACAUUGGGCAGCACCUUGCGAAUAGAAUAAUUCACACCACUCUUAUACUAGGUAUAAUACUGGCACUUAUAUCAGGAUAUAUUUAUAAAGACAUAUUUAUCAUGGGAUAUGUUUAUGUAUUCAGUAGUAUACUCUGUCUAAUACUAACAGUGCCAGCCUGGGGCAUUUUUAGGAGGAACAAAGUAUGUAAUGUGUAGAAAUAAAUAGACAAGUGCAUAUA